UAUUUUAUAAUUUUUGGUAUUUGGGAUACGUAGGUUGUGAGAAGUUUGUUUUUGAGAAAAGGGGCCAGUUUUGGGGAUUUUUUAGAUUUGGGCUAAUAAGAAGGAGGGGCAGAAAAAAGAAAAGAAAAAAAAUUGGUGGAGGUCCGUCCAUGGUGUUUCUCUGAGAUUCAAAUUCCUCAGCCAGUGACCAGCGCAGCUCACAUAAUAAGGUUGCUGAAUUGCUAGAGUAAUUUGGGAGCAUGGGCAAGUAGCAGUUGUAGUCUUGGCUUUCUUGUAGCUUUGGGGAUUUUUUAUACUACUUUAGGAUUAAAAAAAGGCUUCAAGCUCAAGUGCUGUAAAAACAGUAAGCAAACAUUAGAGAGGACGAAGAUAGAAUAGGAAUAUGGAGUGCAACAGAGAUGAGGCGGCUAGGGCAAAAGAGAUUGCGGAAAGAAAGUUCACAGCAAAGGAUCUUAUGGGGGCAAAGAAGUUUGCCUUGAAGGCUCAAAAUUUGUUUCCGGGGUUAGAGGGGAUGCCCCAAAUGUUGGCAACCCUCGAUGUGCAUAUUGCGGCGGAGAACAAAAUAAAUGGGGAGGCUGAUUGGUACGGGAUACUUGGUGCGGAUCCAAAAGCAGAUGAUGAGGCAGUGAGGAAACAAUAUAGGAAACUAGCUCUUAUGCUUCACCCUGAUAAGAACAAGUCUAUAGGAGCUGAUGGAGCGUUUAAGCUACUAUCAGAAGCAUGGAGUUUGUUGUCUGAUAAAUCUAAGAGAGUAGCCUAUGACCAGAAGAGGAGAGUACAUCAAAGGGUAGCAACUGCGAGUGGGAGUUCACAGGCUCCUCCAGGGGCCAAUGGUUUCUACAAUUUCACAAAAGGUACAACAUCAGGCGCACAGACUCAGAAGGUUAAUACACAGACUCAGAAGAGUACCACAGAGACUCAGAAGGGUACCUCACAGAAUCAGAAGGGUACCUCAUGGGCCAGCCGCUCUUCAGCUCCUGCUUCAUCUCAAAAACCAAGAGCUAAUACCUUUUGGACAGUGUGUCAUAAAUGCAAGAUGCAGUAUGAGUAUCUCAGGAUUUAUCUUAAUCAUAAUCUUCUUUGCCCGAAUUGCCAUGAACCAUUUCUAGCAGUAGAAAUAGCUCCACCACCUACAAAUGGUGCCAAGUCAACUCCACCAAAGCAUGAAACAGCUGAUAGAAUGGGUGUUGGAUCUGCUGGUUUCAAUGGUAAUCAAUCGUACAACCAAAACAACUUCCAAUGGGGUUCAUUCUCUAAAGCAUCAAGUGCUUCUACGGCUGCCCAAGCCGCAAACGUGGUUAGCCAGGCAUAUGAGAAAGCCAAGAGAGAGCGGGAGCAGGCUCAAGCAGCAUUAAAAAGAGAGGAGUUACGGAGGAAACAUCAAUCCUCCAAGAAGGCAAGCGGUGCUUCAUCUACAGGGUACCCUAAUGCUGCCAAGAGAAGAAGAGGAAUGGAAGAUGUCGGUGUCAGCAGCUACGGAAGGGAUGUCACAAAUCAAAUGGGUGUGGGAGGAGCUGGAACAACCAAAUUUUCUGGACCAAACGGAAGCGCCAGGCCUAGUAUCACAAGGGAUAUCUCCCAGAUUGAUAUUCCAAAUUUACUAAGGGAGAAGGCUAGAAAAGAAAUUCGGAAGAAACUAAAUGAAUUCACUGUGUCCAAGACUGCAGCCAAAGAGACGGUGAAUGGAAACGAGAGAGAAAAAUCUUUGGGAAACAUUGAUGUGCAUAGAAAUCAAAAGCAGUCUGGUGAGCCAGUGGACACAAAGAAUGGCUCUUCUGACAUGAAAGGUUCUGGCAUUUCUGGUGUCCCUUCAGAUGCAGACAUAUUGUCGAUAAAUGUUCCUGAUUCUGAUUUUCAUGAUUUUGACAAGGAUCGAACAGAGAAGUGUUUUGAAGAUAAUCAGGUCUGGGCUGCAUAUGAUAAUGAUGAUGGCAUGCCAAGGUUUUAUGCGUUAGUUCAAAAGGUGAUUUCUGUGGAUCCUUUCACAGUGCGGAUCAGCUGGCUGAACUCAAAAACAAAUAGUGAACUGGGUCCUCUUAACUGGGUAUCCUCUGGCUUCUCAAAGACGUGUGGGGAGUUCCGAGUAGGGAAAUAUGAAGUGAGUAAUUCACUUAAUUCUUUUUCUCACAGAGUUCGGUCAACAAAAGGUCCACGAGGGGCUAUCUGCAUAUAUCCCAGGAAGGGGGAUGUUUGGGCGCUAUACCGGAAUUGGUCCCCGGACUGGAACGAACUGACAGCUGACAAUGUCAUUCACAAGUAUGAUAUGGUCGAAGUUGUUGAAGACUUUAGUGAGGAGCAAGGUGUACUUGUGACUCCCUUGGUGAAAGUGGCUGGCUUCAAGACAGUAUUUCACCGGCACUUGGAUCCCAGAGAGGCCAGGAGGAUCCCUAGAGAAGAGCUGUUUCAGUUCUCUCAUCAAAUCCCUUCAUGCUUGAUCACGGGUCAGGAAGCUGCAAAUGCUCCAAAGGGUUGUCGGGAGCUGGAUCCGGCAGCUACUCCGUUGGAGCUUCUUAAAGUAAUAAAUGACAUUAAAGAGGAAGAUAUGAUGGAGAUUGACAAAAAGUGCCAGCAAGGCGAUGUAGCAGAGGAUGUUGAGAAUAAUACUGGCAUAUAGAUACAGCAGCGAAUUCUAGUCCUGUCACGGAAGAAGCGAAAAGGGGCUGAUUUGUGAUAUAUGCAAAUAGAAUUUGCUGACAUACAAAUUUUGGGGCUAUGCAGCAUGAGUUGGUGAAUUUUUGUGGAAAGUUUGAUAGGUGAACAUCUCAUCCAUGCGCCCUGGGAGUUGAAGCAGGAAACCCUGAAGGUCCCCUCACGCAGCUGAAUCCGAGAUUUUGUUCGAGGCGAUAGAAGGUGAAACCCUGAAAGCCCAAAAAUUUACAUUUUCCAACAGCCAUUUUUUGUCUCCUCUGAAAGAUAUAUCUCUAACUAUUGGUUGUCCAUGAGCUGAUGCUCCAUUAGUCCAUUUCCUUGAUGAACUUGUUAAAACUCUAGUGUUGCUGUUAGUCCUCCGAUUCGUUAUCAAUAGUAGUGGAAGCUGAUACCCCAUUUCAUUUCA